GUGUCUCUAAACGUGCCUCGCAUCAAAGAUGGCGGCCUGUGCACUGCGCCGAGGUCUGCUGAGCACUGUCAGUAAAUACAACAGAAAGCACUCGCACAGAUUACUGACGGCGGCGGACAGUAGCGGGGGCUGGGAUGUCUUCAGACCCCGGUUACUGUGCCGGGCCUGCGGGUUAACGGCGAGUACCGGCGUGCUCCAUCAGCGGAGGUUCAUGUCGUCGCGGAACAGGCCUGAAGGGAAGAUUUUGGAGACUGUUGGAGUGUUUGAAGCUGUGAAACAACACGGAAAAUAUGAAACAGGACAGCUCUUCCUGCACAGUGUGUUUGGAUACAGGGGCAUUGUCCUGUUCCCUUGGCACGCCAGACUCUACGACCGCGACGUCACCCCUCCCAUGUCCGACAGUAAACCAGAGCCACCCGGAGCUCACGGGUCAAAGGAGGUGAAGGGCAAAACUCACACCUACUACCAAGUCCUGAUCGACACCAGAGACUGCCCACACAUAUCUCAGAGGUCCCAGACAGAAGCGGUGACAUUUUUAGCAAAUCACGACGACAGCAGAGCCCUGUACGCCAUCCCAGGUCUGGACUAUGUGAGCCACGAAGACAUCCUCCCCUAUCACUCGACAGAGCAGAUCCCCAUUCACCAUGAACUGUUCGAACGCUUCCUCGUCUACAACCCAUCCAAAUCGCCCCCGUUCAUUGCCAGAGACACCCUGAAGGCAUGGCAGGAGAAGAACCACCCCUGGUUGGAGCUGUCGGAUGUACACCGAGAGACAACUGAAAACAUCAGGGUCACCGUCAUCCCCUUCUACAUGGGCAUGAGGGAGGCUCAAAACUCUCAUGUUUACUGGUGGCGGUACUGCAUCCGUCUGGAGAACAUGGGGAACGAGGUUGUCCAGCUCCGGGAGAGGCACUGGAGGAUCUUCAGUCUGUCUGGGACCCUGGAGACUGUGAGGGGGAGAGGAGUCGUGGGACGGGAGCCAGUGUUGUCAAAAGAACAGCCAGCCUUUCAGUACAGCAGUCACGUCUCUUUGCAGGCCCCUAGUGGUCACAUGUGGGGGACGUUCCGCAUCGAAAGAACCGAUGGCUCCCACUUCGACGUUCGCAUUCCUCCUUUCUCUUUGGAGAGCAACAAAGAUGACAAAGCGCCUCCCGCAGGAUACACGUUUUAACCGCAAAAACCCAAGAGCAUAACAGUAAUGAUGUCUGGAUCCUGGUUCCUCUAAUGCUGCCCUUUUGCUGUUUAAAUACCCCUCUGCCUUCUAUACAUAUAUCAUUUCUGAUAAGGGAGAAAGGACAGUUUAUUGACAGUGUUAGGGUUAUACAACACGCACAGUACAUACAUAUUUCAAUAGAAAAUCUGGCACAAAACUGUUGUUAAAGUAAAAUUGGUUUGUCAUCAGAAUAUAGUACUUUUGCAGUGAUUUGGGGUAGCUCAUUUAGAGAUAAUUCUUUCCCUUUUGAGUUACAGCUUGUAUUGUUGUUACCAAAAUAACCCAAGGCUGACGUCCUUACAUAAUGAUCUUGUUUGUUUGGAGAAAAUUAUGACUGACCUGUAUUCCGUGGCCCCAUUUUCAACAUUUGUGAUAACUACAGUGAUUAGAGCCAAGAAAGUAACAAAGUAAAAUGGGAACGUUUGGUGAACAUUGAAUCAUAGUGGACAAAAAGUGCUGCAAAAAUCCUUUUCUUUACAACUUUUCCUGGGGACUUCUAAUCUGUCUCCUUGUUGGCAGUAUUUGUUCUACGUGGUUUAUCUUGAUUUUAGAGGGGGUCACAUAAUGAAAACAUUGAUAACAUUGUGAAUGUAGUCUAAACGAUAUGCAUUUUUUAUAAAUAAAAAUGCACAAAAAAACCAAUUUUUAAAAAGUAAAAAUGGACAAAAAACAUUGUAUCUUGUAAAAUUCCAAAUUAGGGUAUUAAAGGUGCACUGUGUAACUUUUCUGGUGGAGGGUCCGCUACCUGCUUAUCUCCAUGGAAAUCGUACCGUUUUGCCUUGAUCUUACACAAUGGAAAUAUGUUAAUGGUCAGGUCUAUGGAGGAGCAAACCUGCACAUGGUAAGAAUUCAUGUUUUUUAAGGUAUUUUUCAGCUAUAAGACACCUGAAAUGCAAAGAAGAUAUGUUUAAUACCCUACUGUGGAACAUUUCAGGCGAAGAAAUAACAUCUCCAUGGAGACAAGCAAAUAGCAGACCCUCCACCUUAGAAGAUACAUAGUGCACCUUUAUGUUUUUGUAAGCCAUUUCACACAAUUGACAUUGUCUUUCUUAAAUCUCAACUAACAUGGACAUGUUUUAGUACACAUGUUGAACAUUUUAUUGAGAUACUAAAAACAUUUUUGUCAGUAUCACCAACCCUACUAGGUCAGGACAAAGUGCAAAAUAGAAGUCAAGAGUAGAGAGGGACAUCCUAAUUCAAUUCAUUCACUUGAAUGUGCAAGACUACUAAAACUAUAAAAUGUCUUCAAGUAAUCUAUCUUUUAAAAGCUACAUAUCCCAUUCUGUGCCAUUUUUGAAUUUAAAAUGUUGUCUUGUGACUUUUCCAUGUUUAGUAGAUUGCAGUUUCCUAAUGCUCCAUUUAGCACAUCCUCUACUGUGAUUCAGUGUUCAGUGAUCUUCACUUGGGCUUGGCAACAACUUAGAGACACUAUGUAACUUUAUUGGAGAGUCUGCUACUGUCGAUCUCCACGGAAAUAUUACUGCUUUGUUUAGAAUGUUCUGGCCUUGUGUGGUCUUCAUGGAAACAGGAUAAGUUCACUGCUAUACUGUAGAACAUUCCAGCCAAAGUAUAAUCCAGUCUCCAUGGAGUCAAGCAACUGGCAGACCAUCCACCAGAAAGUUACACAGAGCAUGUUUAAUUUUUGAAAUUAUAUUUUCUGUUCACAAUGGACUCUGUUUGAAUGCAAAAUGCGCUAUUUUAAGCUUUAUGCUACUGGGGUCUAAAGCACUGCAGUUUGUGCUUUCUUCUCAUUUUUGCCCUUUUGAAAUUGUUAUAAAAGGCUAGUUCUUUUUAAAAGCAAUAUUUACAUACAUUUAGGAUUGACAGGCCAAUACAUAUGGAAACAAUAAAAAUGGAUGUUAUUUAAAUUAAUGUCUUGAUAUUUUAACAAAAUUUAUCCUGUUGACAUAAAAGUUACAGACCUAAAAAAUUGGUUUGUUUAAAGGAAGAGAGGAUUUCUGUUUUGAAAUUCCAGUGACACCUCCUGAAGGUUGAAUACUGUAAAUAGAAAUGUAUUAAAGGCAAAUCAAAUAAAUUUUCCUUUUGAAAAUUGUAA